AUGGUUACUAAACAUAUAAGCCGUGUCCAUACGGUGCCGUCAAGACCGCAAAACUCCAAUUGGUACCGGAUUCCUUUGGUCGCUGCUACCGUUUGCACUGUGUUCUCCGGUUUCUAUUCACUCCGUGUACUUGACUGUCCUUUUGCUGGUUCCUCGGAAGCACAGCUGUCCACGAAAUGGCCAGCUCCAUCUAUUAUUGCGUCAAAAUCGUCACCAAGCCAAGCGACAGUAACAUCUGAUGAUAACGGCUGCCGACCGCUAGCCAAUGGUGGUCCAGUAAGUCUGGUCUGGGCGUAUGACGAUCCACCCACGUUGGAGGCCAUGAAAAGAACCAUGGAAGGACUUGCGUCUGCCUUGCCGGGAAUUCAAGUAGCUGUAUACUGUGGCUCAAGUUUAUGUGUAACUGUCGCACACAAGGCCGUCCCUAAACGCUCCUGCAUCUGGAUCCAGCAUAUGGUCGCACCGAGGUUGGCGCAAGAUUCUCCACUGGAGGACUGGGUUGGAGAUCAUGUUUUGGCGAAGCUCUUAUCAGCGAAUCAUUUCGAACAAACUCUUCAAGUUGUUAUGCAACUUGUUGUUAUCUGGAAGUAUGGUGGUAUGGUACUCUUACCGGGGUCCGACGUGUUGAAUGCCAGUGAUCUUGGAUCAUUGGGUCAAGACGAUGCCGUGCUCUUGACGGCUGAUGAUCAAAUGCUAGUGAAGCCGGGCUCUGGCGGUGGUCUCUAUGCUGUAGCGGCCCCCCCUACAAAUAAAGUCAUUGAAGCUCUCAUGGAUGAGAUGCUACAUGUUUAUCAGUGGCCAAAAUACGUCGCGUCCAAUUGGCCAGUAAACAUACAGUGGGAUGUCCUAUGCGCCAGAAUGACGAUCUGUCUUGAUGCUCAGCUAUCUCUUUUAAAUAUGGGAAUAACAACAGAAACAGAGUCCGUUAUGGAGCGUCGCCCUGGAAGACAUUUUGGGACACUCAGCUAUCAGGCGAGGCGGCACUCCUUGAAGGUUGUAGGUGAUCACAACAUGAAUAAAGGUGAUGAAAUGCAGGGGCUAGCAGGCCUGCAGUUUCGUGGGAUCCCCGGGUACCUUGUAGAAAGAGACAGACUUGACGUAGUGAGUGUAAUUGCCUCCAAAAACUUUUCUGCCACAGGUGAAGUGACUGUUCACUCCCCAUCUCAAUCAGCGUUGACGCCAACAACAGUGUUCCUCAAUGCCUGGUGGGGGGAUGGGAAUUGGAUCUGGCCUCCGCCUGGAAAACUGGAGCCUGUCUUUGUUUCAAUGCAUCUUAACAACAACAAAAUCAAACAGGACGUCAACAAAUCAAAGGCAUACUUAAACCAACACUGGCCUAUUGGGGCUCGUGACACGGAAUCACAAAGGUUCUUGAAGUCAAUUGGUGUCCACUCUGUCUUUUCAGGGUGCAUGACAAUGACUCUCCUACCAACCUGGAGUAAAUGGCGUGCUUCGAAGGAGCAGAACAAUGAGGUUUUAAUUGUCGACGUCAACAAAAAUGGUCUCCAGCUGUUACCGGACCACAUCACGUUGGGCGCUGUGAAGCUUUCGGCAAACCUUGUGAACAAAAGUGUUAUAGAUGACCAGGUGGCAAGAUACUUUUUAGCUAACGAAAUGAAGCUUCGCUUGCAAAAGGCCAAGCUGGUUAUCACUCAGCGUCUCCACAUUGCGUUACCGGCUGCCUCCAUGGGGACGCCCGUGAUUCUGAUCAUGGAUCACAAUAUGCCCGGAGGUGGAGGUGUCGAUGGGGCGCGUUUUAGCGGUCUACAGGAUGCCGUACACACUGUAAACACUGUCAAUGGGUCAGAAGCUCUUGCUUCCUUCAAUUGGGAUCAGCCGCCACCUAACCCCAACCCAGCAUUUCUUGAGGUCAAGCGAAAUGCGCUUCAAGUGUUAACAAUGUGUCAUGGGGAACUAACUGAUUCUGCAAGAAAGUUUGGUGUUAUUCCAACAUCAUGGGAGUACCCUCCUGAAGCGGAUGUGUGUAGAGCAACCAAGGAAGACCAUUAUGACAAUGAUGCCAUUCACAUUGCAACCGCAAUCAAUCCGAUGUGGCUACACUCCAAGCCAAUUCUCUCCAGCUGGAUUCAUGCACUGUACAAGUCCAACCCAAGAGAACAAUUUGUGUUCUAUUUCCUUGCGGAUAAUAUGAAUGCCAAGCAGCGGUGCAUUGUCCGGUGGAUGGUGCUUCGAUGGUUCCCCAACGCAAAGGUGUACACAAUACCGCUGGACCAAGCACAUGUGGGCAUUCCAAAGAUGUUUCGAGAACAUGCUGCCAAGCUUCUUUUGCCACGGGUUCUUCCGUGUGUGGGAAAAGCUCUUUGGAUUGAUAGUGAUGCCAUUAUCCUAAAGUCACUUAGGCCAAUGUGGUCUACCUCAAAGGUCAUCCCAAAUUGUGGUAUUGUCGCCAGGAACUCUGCGAAAAAAACGUCAAUUGGUGCUUUGAUGACAGCUCUGAAUGCUACAACCCCCUCACAAUUACUGAAGAAAGACAGUUUAGACAUACCGAUUUUUGACACUGCGGUGAUGGUUCUAGACCUUGGAAAAUUGCGCAGAAGUCGCUUUAUAGAAACGGUAGCUUCGUACUGGUCAUUUACGCUUGGUGGAGAUGUCCAAAUUUCCAUGAACAUGCAAUGUAAUGGAACUCAUGGAAAACUUGACUCGGCUUGGAACAUGUUCUUGGACGAUUCAGAAGAUUCCGUGUUCACAAUCAAUGAUAUUAGCGAGUGGCGUAUUGUUCAUUUUCAAGGUCAACAAAAGCCAUGGGUUGAUAAGACUAACUCACUUCAACGCAAGAUUUGGUCAAAGCAUGCCCUGUCUUUGUUUGAUGCACUGUAUGGGCCAGUCCCGACAAGGAAACUCAAUGUCAAUACCUAAAUUAUGAAAAGUAUCUUAAAGAUU